UGUUCAACCAAGCUUUAGUGCAACGCUUUAUGUUCCAUAAUGAUUUCACCGAAGUACCGGAAGAAAAGAGCCGGUGCCGAGACGCAAUAGAGCGCCGCACAGCCGCUCCUCUCUUCUUCGUUUCGCCGUUGGAAACCGUCGGUGGGCUCUCUGAGCCCACCCUCUCAUCGGUCAAACUGGCGAGCGCGUUAACCGCUGGCAUGAACCCCCACCAUCCGGGCCACUCCGCAGCCUACCCCCACCAUCCCUCGCUCUCGAGCAGUCCGCAUCAUCCAGGGCCCGGCGGGCCGCAUCACGCGUAUGGGACCGGUGGAGGUGGCGGAGGUGGCGGUGGCGGCGGCACCACGACCACCCCCGACUUACCCAGCCCGCAUUCACCUCAACAUAGUGGUGGUGCCGGCGAUCCCGCCACCCCUUAUGGUGCCCUACAACCUGGACAGGGUAUGGGCAGCAACGGACAUCAUCAUAGCGGUGGCGGCAUGAUGCCAGAUCAUCCACAUCACCCUGGACACCCCCAUCCCCAUAUGCCAGGGCAUCCCGCGUACCCGCCGGUUAAUCACAACAAUAAUUGCACGCUCAAGCAAGAAGGUGUCCCUAGCGGGUCAACGGGCCUUCGGCAAUGCGCCGCCUGCGGUGUACAAAUAGUGGAAAGAUGGCUGUUGCUAGCGAUGGACCGCUAUUGGCACAUUGGCUGUCUCAAGUGCACGUAUUGCAACGUAGUAUUGGGAGAGAUCGGCCAGUCCUGCUACACCAAAAGUGGCAUGAUCCUCUGCAAGGCCGACUACAGACGAAUGUUCGGCAGCAGUGGCGUCUGCGGGAGUUGUGGCAACGCGAUACCCGCGAACGAAAUGGUCAUGAGGGCUGGCGACUCGGUGUUUCACGUGAAAUGCUUCAACUGCAAUAAAUGUGGCGGUCAGCUCGUCUCCGGCGACAGAUAUUACCUAUUAUCGGGCUCGCCGAUUUGCGAAUCUGACUGGCACAAGAUAGUGAAAUCGUCGAGCGUCGCGGCAGCGGCAGCCGCGGCGGGCGGAAACAGCGGCGCACCCGUUAGGAAAGGUAAGGUCGGCAGGCCUCGAAGGAGCCGCGAAUGAGGCGGCAACCCGGUCGGUCGCCCGAAGAAGGUGCAACCCUCUCCGCAGCCGACGCCCCCCGUCGUACCUUCGCCUCAGGUAGAUGUAGUGGACGUCGCCGUCGGAGUGGAUCCCUAUUCGCCGCCUCCGCCGGGUCAUCAGCACUAUCAUCAGUAUCACCAUCAUCACCAUCACCAGAUGGCACUCGUGCAUCCGGGUCUGGCGGCUCAGCAAUCGCACCUCCAGGCGUCCAGCUAUCAGGACUGGUCGUCCUGGGCUCAGGAUACUUGCGAUUAGACUGCGCUGUCCGCCAUAACAGGGACUGUACCCCAAAGGACAUCGCGAUGAAGUAUGAGCCUAAUUUGCCUAACGUUGCGUGCCCAGACUCUUCAAGAGAAUCGCAAAGAAGGAAAAAGGCCAGCACAGCGUACCUUGGAAACCUCCAUCGGCGACUCUACGAGUGUCUCUGGACUUGGAACCGUGUGAUACCGAAUGUGUUUGAACUUGCCGCGGUAAUCGAAUGUCUUCGUACAUGCGGUGCCGUGAUGUUGAACGUAAUUGAACUCGCCGCGGAUACCGAGCGUUUUUAUGUUCUGACGUGUGUUGACAUGUCGAGUGCGUCCAAACUUUACGUGGAUGCUGAGGAAUCUCUGAACGUCUUUGAACUUGGAUUCACAGAAUCACAGAUAUAUUCUCUGGAACUUGAAACGCGAACGUUUUGGUUCUACAGUGGAUGUGCAAACUUCUUUGAUUCAAACUGACAAAAUAACAAAACUCUUUUGAAGAAAGGUUUGCACCAAUGUCGAGAUAUCGAGAUGUCACGAAUAUCGAAAGCAUUCUUAAGUUAAUUCAGCAUUAUUUGGACACUAUUUUUUGAAAGAUAGCGUCCAAACUUUUAAUCUGAACUGUUGAUCACAUCUGCGAUAAAAGUUGAGACGACACUCGACACCGCAUUGCAGAAGCACUUUCGCCACGAAUCCGCCGGUCUUCUUAAUAAUAAUCUUUGCUCAAUUGUAAAGAAUCGAAGAAAGUUUAAGAUACGACCCAUCGUGCAUCCAUCAUCAGCCGCAAUAGUAUGACGUCAGUACUCUUCUUUAAAAUCCUUUACAGUCAUUGUAUUACGAUUACUUUAACACAAGAUGCGAAAUGUAGAAUUCAUUGACAUUAAUACAACCUGCAACAAGCGAUUUUUCGCACGAUUUUUGCGAAAUAUCCAAAUAAUUCCUUUCCGUCGAUACCAUUCUCAAGAUCAUUGCUAAAUCAUUUUGACGUCAAAAGUCUUUAUCUUAUUUUAUUAUACGAUUAAGAUUAUCUCAAUUUUCGUUACGAUUUUAGUCUAAAUUUUGAAAUUGAAUGAUAAAUAUAUAUUUCCGCGAGCGCGUUCUGUCGAUUCUUAGUUGUCGCCACUUCGGAGACGACACGCGUCCUUGGAACGAUGUUGCGUGCUAAAUUCGACAUGUCUGAUCAACGAAGAUCUAAUCGCGCGAGAAGUAUGGCAAUCGGAAGGGGAGGGAAAGCGAGAAAGAGAGAGAUAAUAAUUCGACGGCGAUCGAGAAAUACGAAACGACGGCAACGCGCAGUUCUGGACCCUUAGAAAAUUAUUUUUCUUUCAAAAUCACCGUUCUCCCGUCUAUCCGCCGCCGUGCUUCGUAAACUCAUUAGGCGGCCCUUGUUCCCGCCAUCGUUAAUUGAGUGUCGAGGUGAGACGAACGACACGGAAUUAUCAUUCGAAUCCUUCUUGUUAAGCAUCCUCUCUCCUUUCUCAUUCUUUCUCUCCCUUUCCUCUUUCCGUUUUACUUGUAUUUUUACGUUCUCUCUCUUCCUUUCUCGAGAGUUCAUCAUUUUCGAAAUAGCAUAAUCAAUUAAUCCCUCUUGGGAUGCCACUUUGAAUUCGGUAACCUGUUAGUAACUCCUACUGAUGAUUGAAGAGGAAUUUUUUGAAUUUUGUAAUUCGAUCGCUGAUAAUGAUUCCAAAGAGAGACGAAACGUUCUCCGAUCGACAUCAUCUUCUUUCAUUAAAGUAAUAAAAGUUUUUAUUCUAUAAUUUAUGUGCAUCUUUAACCGCACUUUCAUUAGCCUUAUUUUUGCCUUAUCAUUGAUAUCAAUUAAGUCUCUCGUAUACAAGACAAAAUCCUCUCGCUGCUAUGUUGCACAACCGAAUUAAAUUUUAUCGUAAUCAUAAUUACUUUACAAAGUUUCAUAUAGCGCAGAGGCAAUCGAUGUCGUUCUCGAGAAAGAAUACAGCUCAAUUAUUCCCCCCUCUCUCUCUCGCGUUUAGCGAAAUCUACAUUAUGCAUUUAUUGUUAAAGUGAAUCAACAGGGUUGUCUGAAGAAACGUACGUUUGCCAGUAACACACAACGUUACGAUAAGUCUAACUCUCGAUCGAACGAGCGUCGAUCC